AAUCCCCAUAGUUUAUCUGUAACCUAAAACGUAGCCGUUUUGUUUAAGGUUUUAACAUUGAUUAAUCAUUCUCUCUCCUUUCCUCCGUCGCUUCUCCAUUUUUCUCCGCCGUUUGUCCAUCUCUUUGCCUUAUCUCCAUCUCUGAGUAGCAUCCAAGGUCUUCAAGUGGUCAAAACGAGAUGAGAGAGAGCAACGGUUUUCCACAAGUCCUCGAAGUUGCUCCGUUGAACAGUUUGCCUUACGUCGGUCCAUUAAAUGGUAAUUCAUCCAUGUCUGGUAACAAGGCCAACGAGACUGCAGAGAAAACAGGACCUCCAGCAAUGAUAUUUCUACCUUCCGAAUCAACUCCAGAGCUUUAUAGCCUAAUCUCUCAAUCAAAAACCGGAGUUGCCCUCACGGGAAGUGCAGCCAUGGGGAAGGUCGGACCAACUAUUGGUUUGGUUGAUAUUGCUGAAUCCGAUGACUCUUACUAUUUUCGUGUUUCACUCCCUGGUGUUUCAAGAGAUGAAAAGGAGUUCAGCUGCGAAAUAGAACCAGACGGCAAGAUUCUGAUCAAAGGAGUAACAACCACGGGAGAGAAGACAGUGUGCAAACACAAUCAGGUGUUCAAGAUGCUAUCGCAAAACUUAUGCCCUCCAGGCCACUUCACCAUCUCUUUCCAGCUUCCCGGUCCUGUCAGCAACGAAGAUUUCAGCGGUAAUUUUGGUGCAGAUGGUGUUCUUGAGGGAGUUGUGAAGAAGCUCUACUACGAAGACUGAACAACAUCCAGAUAUUGCUAUUAGGAAGAUGGUUCAUUAGUGUAUGCCUGACUGAUUCUCAUUUUACUCUUCAUUGUGUGUUGAAUCGUUGUCGAGAGAUAAAUAUUUGUUAGUACGCCUGCUUCUCUACAAACAACUCUUUAAGACUUUUCGUGGUCAAGUGCUUUCAUUUAAGUGGUUUGGUUGAAUAGACUCUUUAUCUUA